AUGAAGACUAGUCUGUCCUUUCUAAAGAAAAAUAGUGUCAGAGAGAAGAGGAACCAGGCUGCUACAUCUACAGCUACAUCUACGGCCAUCCAUCAGAGUAAGAGCACACAGGAGCAGGUGGCCGGAAGGAAGGUGGCUCCUCAUUGGAAUCAUCAUGGAAUCACAGUGCAACACAGACUUUACAGUACUUUACAGAAUGUUCCACAUUUUUUGAUUGUAAGUUGUGACACCAAGCAUGAAAACCACAGACGGUGUAAUUUAUUUCCACAGGAUGCAUCUGCAUUAAAGACUAAAGAGCCAUAUAUAAAGUUUUGGCUUUUUGUAUCUGGAAAAACACUGAAUUCCCACAAGCACUUCAUAGCUCAUCUUAAAAAACAAGUUCACCUGCAGGAGGUGUCUACAGAGGAUGAGUGUGAUUUCAUUCUGGGUUUCUGCCCGACUGUGUCACGAUCUGGAACUGACAUUGAAGCAGCAAUGAAAAAGCUGCACAAUAUUCCAGACACCAAGCCUGUAGUCCUGGUGGUGCUCCAUCACACGUUUGAUCCAGAGUGUGUUGUACCAGACAGCAGCAGAUUUGUAAACAGAGAGAAUAUGAUCACAGUCGACUGUCUGUUCUAUGAAGAUUCUGGAUUACUGCAGUGUCAGAAGAAUAAUGAAGCACUGACCAAAACUUUACAAUAUCUGGAGAAAGAACUACAUAUAAAACUGAUAGGACAAGUGGAAGGUGAAAGGUCAGAUCUGGAGCUGGAAACCAGUACAAAUCAACUGGAGAAACUGGGACAGGAGCUGAAGGACAAGCAGAGACAACUACAGGAGAUGAUGAUCAUAGCAGAACAACAGAAAACUGAGUUAACAGAAAAUACACAAAGACUGCAGAUGAAGGACAAGACACUGGAAGAGAAGGAGACACUGCUCAAACAGACAAGAGCUGAACUGGACAAAACAAUGAAGGAAUUAGAAGACAGUCAGAGACACAUGGAGGAGAAAAACACACAACUAGAGAAUCUGAACAAACGGCUGAGGGAGAAAGAAACACAGCUGAAGAACACAGAUAAAGAGCUGGAAACCAGUACAAAUCAACUGGAGACACUGGGACAGGAACUGCAGGACAAGCAGAGACAACUACAGGAGAUGAUGAUCAUAGUGGAGCAACAGAGAACUGAGUUAACAGAAAAAAACAAAGAGCUUGAAGAGAAAGAGAGUCUUCUAACUGAGAGAGACACACAGCUAAUGGAAAAAGACAAACAGCUUCAGGAGAAAGACAGACUUCUAGAGGAGAAAACAAAGCAGCUGCAGGAACAAACAGAUCCAGAAUCAUCAGCCCCCAUCAGGAGAAGACACAGCAAGGAAUUGUUACCUCUACAUAUGAGUGGAGAGACUCAGGACUCAGCACCAAUCAGGAGAAGAAACAGUGUGGAGGGAAAUCGUCCAACAAUGGGUGGAGAAUCGUCUAGUCCUCAUUCUCCAGUGUCGGUUCCUGUAGCAGAACUGAGGCUGGUGCUGCUGGGGAGGACGGGAUCUGGAAAGAGUGCAACAGGAAACACCAUCCUGGGCAGAGAGGAGAAGAACCAGGCUGCUACAUCUACAGCUACAUCUACAGUCACCCAGCAGAGUGAGAGCACACAGGGGGAGGUGACUGGGAGGAAGGUGACUGUGGUGGACACUCCUGACUGGUUCUGUCCUGAACUCUCUCUGGAGAAGCUGAGACAGGACGUGGGACUCUGUGUCCAUCUGUCUGCUCCAGGACCCCACGCCUUCCUCCUGGUCAUACCUAUAAAGCAGCCUACAGGAGAGGAGAGAGGGAUGCUGGAGAAAAUGGAGGAGAUCUUUGGAGAGAGAUGUUGGAGAAACUCCAUGAUCAUAUUCAGUGUUACUGAUGAACUUCAGAAGAAGAACAUUGAGGAGUUUAUCCAAUCAGGAGACCAGGAGGUCCAGAGACUUGUAGAGAAAUGUGGGAACAGGUUUCACUGUCUCAACAUUAAGGAGAGUGGAGAUGGUUCUCAGGUCUCAGAACUGCUGGAGAAGAUAGAGAAGAUGGUGGAAGGAAGUAGAGAGAAAUGUUACAGCAGUGAGAUCUACCUGGAGACAGAAUCUCAGAUUAGAGCCAUGGAGACAAAGAUCCUGAAGAAAAGAGAAGAGAAAAGAAAGAGAGAGGAGAUGGACAUGAAAGAAACAAUAAAGAAGGAGGUGCAGGAUUCUCUGAGAAAGAUAGAGGGAGUGAUCCAGGAGCAUGAAGGAGACAUCAGACAACUUGAUGACCGAACAACUGAACUGGAGAGAAAGAUGAAAGAAGAGAGGGAUGAAGAGAAAAAGAAAGAAUUUGAGAAGGAGCUGAAACGAGAGGUAGAGCGAAGGGCAGAAAUGGAAGAGAAGGUGAAGAAACUAAAAGAAAAGAGAGAGAGGGAGAGGAGAGAGUUGGAGGAGAGACACAAACAGGAGAUGCAGGAGAUCAGGGAGGUGUAUGAAGGAGAGGCCAUGAUGGAGGCAGAGAGAAAGCUCAUGAAACUCAUCCUGCCUGAACUCCAGAGAAAUAUUUUGUCCACAAAAACAAAGAUGCAGGAAGAUUUCAGCAGACAGGUGGAGGAGAAGAACAGAGAGCUGGAGAUUCUUAAACAGAAACUUUCAGAUCUCACAGAUACUCACAGUGUGCUUGAAGAGGUUUAUGAGAAAACGGUCAGAAAAAGCUCAGAACAAGAGAGAGCUGCUCUAAAAGGAGAGGCAUCGAAGGGAAUCUCUCAGAAAUUUAAAGAUUUGUUUCAGUGAGUAACAGAGUUUAUAAAAAUAUAGUAUAUAAAAAUAAUUAUAUUUUUUUAGCAAAAGAAGGACACUGUAAACUAUUUGUCUCUUUACAUUUAAUGUUGAUGUUCAUCCUCAAAACUGCUAGUUACUGUUAUCAUUUACAUUAUAACAGCUUGAAGCAGUUAUUACGCAUUCUUUUCAGUCUUUAAAGGAAAAAAACAACAAAAUUGUAUCUACAGAUUGUUACUGUGAAUGCUGACGGUUUGAUGACAUGACACGGACAUAUUUUUUUGCUGAACUACUCUUUGCUUGUUUUGUAUUGGUAAUUUUUCAUUAGGAUCAUAAGAAUAUAAUGUGGUAUGAUCAUCUGAACAUUAUCAGAACUACAUUAUAAAAACUUGGUUGAAGUUUCUGUAAAUACUUUGAUCUUUCUAUUUUGCCAUAUUUGACAUUAUUGAUUAAAGCCACAAAGCAUUUGCAUUAAAAGUUCAUUGAGAAUAUUUGUCCAAAUUUGUACAUUUUACAAAAUAUCACCUGGUGCAACCCUCUGUAACAGACCAUUUUGAGACUUUUGGCUUUCAUGGAUUUCGUGUUUUAUAUCUCAAUAAGACUGAUAUUUUAUUUACAUUUUGUUUAUUAGCAAAAUGUAUUUGUAAAAAUAUUUAUUUAUCAGUGACAUAUUUAUUUGAUUGUGCAUACUGUAUGAAUAAAUUUAUAUAUGUAUGUAUGUCUAUAAUUAUUUAGUAUUUCAUUUUAACCUGUUUAUAUACCACUAAGUUGCAAAAGAAUCACCGACUCUACUGCUAGAGCUAAGUAUCUUGCUAGAAGAAGAGAUAAAAGAAAACAAUUACUAGUACAUGAUGUUAAUAUUUUAAACAUUAUUGUAUUUCUAAUUCGCUGAUUAGGAGAUUUUUUUUUAGCAUGUUACUCAUAGUCCUCAUAUGUAUUUUUCUCUCAUUUCCACUUAAAAUGUCUUAGCUUUAUUACAAACAAAAUCUCUGUUCUGAUUGGCUGCCCUGUAUCACGCAUCCUUAACCCACUAAUCAAAGAUGAGUCUACGUUUAUUAUCACUUCAGUGUAAAUGGCCGCUGCUGUGGACUAAAUCACAGUGAUAUGGAAAUGUGGAAUCAUUAAAACAUGGACUGUAAUUACUGCGGUAAAUGAAAUUUUGACUAUGUUUACAUUGUACAUCAACAUUUUAUGAAUAAAAAAUGUACCUUUUUUCUCAUCUAUCAUAAAGAAUACAUCUAAAAUGGUCAGUCUACUUCCUGUCAUGAAUUUGUAUUUGUUCAAGAGCGAAACAGAGAGCUGAAUAAUACAUUACACCCCAUCCAUGUAAAGUACAAAGUGGUUUUAACAUCUAUCACACUUUUUUAUAUAAAAGUUUAACGUGUAUUUUAGCUAAAGAGUGUCUGUGUGAUUUCAGUCCUGGUUUAUUGUGUAUUAAUAUUUAGAUUUUUAAUCGUGUGUGAUGUUCCCAUCAUUUGAUUUGAUUAUAUAUCAUGCUGUAUAAUUGUUCUGUGAUACAAUCCAUACAGUCAUUCUGAAUGGUAGUCUUCUCCACAGGCCCGUGCACACAUAGACAUCAUAGGGGGCUUGAGCACCUGCCCUUUUUCUUCUUCCUUUUAU